CGCUCCAGGCAUCAACGACUUGCUUCUGUUUCAUCACGCUGCUUCCUCUUUGUGUUACUUUUUGUUCCUGUUUCAUACUCUUUUGCCGUAGUUUCGACGAUUCUUAGACACUAUCGCACACAAAAUGCCGGACGACAAGAAGCCUACCGACAACUCCAUGCCCCCUCCUCCCAUGGAUCCAUUCCCCACCUACCAGACUCCCUAUCCUCGCUCCAACAAAGACGACGAGAAUCCAUUCAUCCUAUUCCGCCGUUUUGCUGAUGAGCAAUUCUCGUCAUUCUUCUCGGGCUUCCCCCACCUGUUUGGCAUCUCGCCCGGCCGUAGUGACCGCUUGAAGCAGGAAGUCGACGACCUGAUGCGCCAAAGACAGGAGUGGGAGGAAGGCUUCCGAAAGCAGGUCGAGCAGGAGAUGGAGGAGAUGAGACAGCAGCUGGAAAAGUCCAAGAACGAAGCCUGGAAGUCGAUGGAAGAUGCUUGGAGACAACACUCUAUGGAGAGCAGGAGUGAGGCAAAAGACACACCUUGGUGGACUCGAGGCAGCGCUGCCCGUUGUCCUGCUUUGAAUGGUCAAGAGCCCCAGAAGAAUGCUGAAAAAUGCCCUGCUCUCUACGAUGAAGCAGGACAACCUAGGACGGAGUUGGAUGCAUAUAAUGCACUCCCGUGGAAAGAGAAUGACAAACAGGUCCAAGUAUUCGAGGCACCGGCUCAUCCGUCGACCGAGAAGGACAUUUCCAGAUCUUGGUUCUCUGCUCUGGGCUGGGACGGCAAGCAGAAAGAGAAGUUAUCAACCAACAAUGCCAGCAACGCUGUCGAGCCCAAAGACGGUGCUCUGAGCGAAAGGCCCAUUCCUCCGCCCACGACAUAUUCCCUAUGGGCCGCCCGUCGAAUGCAACCGUUCGAUAACCCUGACGAGACAAUCCCUUGGCUUAUGCUCAGUCCUUACUCCCCAAUCUAUCUCUGCAAUCCUGCCCAACCGCGGCUUUUCAAAGUCAAGAUCCAAGACGCAGAAAGCGUGCCAUUCCAGAUCUCUGACGCCAAGUUCUUCGAGAGGUGGUAUACGAGUGUGGACGAGAAGAUGGCAAAACACAGGCCUUGGGCUGACGCGUUUGAGGACCUGUUGAGCCUUCAGCAAACAGGCAAAAUGGUUGAUAGGGACAACUGGAAUACUUGGCGAACCCCAAAGACUUGGAUACACGAUAUGGUGAGCCGUGGCAGCUUUGGCAGUCGAUGGGGCUUCAGCGAGCAAGGUAUGCUGGUGAAACGGGCAGCCGACCCGAAGAUUGCAGCAACGACAGAAUCUCUACCGAACAAGGAAGACCGUUGUGCCAGAUGGCGCCGGAACCGUCAAUGUCGGCGCAACAACUCUGCGGAAGUUCUCCCGCCGUCCGAGGAGCACCCAGAAGAGAGAAACCCGGUCCUCGACAGACUCAGAUCAAUGACAGCUCGCGACCGGGAGUUCGACGGUCUUAUGGCUGAUACCACAGACGCAAGUGUUUCGGCCAAUGAUGGAGCUAUGCGGGAAGAACUCAAGACAGCCGCUGGGGGACUUGUCAAUAAGGAAGAGUCGACCACACCUCCGUCGUCUUAUAUGUAUGAUACCGCCGCUUCAUCCUCUACCCACAGCGACGACCUACAGGCUACCGACAAGUCUGUGGUCGCGACUCUCACUACAAUCCACACCCGUACAUUGCCCGAUGGCUCCAUCGAGUCGAGAAUGGUCUUGAAACGACAGUUUGCAGAUGGGACAGAAGAGACCGAUGAGAAUGUUGGAGUGGUCAACAUUCCAAGCCCGAACGCCUUGGCUAAGUCAGUUGACAGAGAGACACAGACGCUCCUUCAACCUGAACUGACCCAAUCACCCAAUGGCGACGAUGCAAGAACACGCCAACGAGAUGUAUUCGACAUCAGCCGAGAGCGAGCCCUUUCGGGUAAAGAUCAGCAAAACAGCGAAGAAUAUCAGCAACAGCAAACGCAACAGCCUGAAGGAUUGAAGCAGUUCCCGCGAAGAAUACCAAUCUCGACGGCUGAGACGGAGCCGGAGCCGGAGCAUGAGCAGCAGCCCCCCCAAGCGCAACAGCAAGGUAGAAGCCACGACAAUGAGCGACCCCGACGGAGUGGCGGUGGAUGGUUCUGGAACUAAUUGGAUUACAACAAAAGAAGGGAGAAGUGAAGUGAAAUCUAGUAUCAUGGCAGAAAGUCUGCACGCUCUCCCCCUCUCAAUCUCAAAGGAGUUGAGGUUUCUCUAAAGACACUCAACACAGAUUGCAACUCUGGGCUUCUUCGUCUGGGAUUCUGUCCAGUCCAAGAUGUCCUUUUUCUCCCUCGGGAAUUCGACGAACGGUACGGUAUCGCUAUGGAUUACUAUUUGAAUGAAAGGAUGAAUGAAUGGGAUUAUGUAUAUGGUAUCUAGUUAUACUCCUCUCCAUCUUAAAUGGGAAGUUUGCGAGCGUCCAUAAUCAUUACCACAACCAC